CGAAUGCUGUGAUACCCAAAACGAUGCUAUAAUUGCCAACAGGCAACCAACCAGGCAGACAGACCAGACUCCCACUGGAGGACACUUCAUCUACAGCCAGCAGAGCCUCUUCAGUUGCCAAGAUGUCCGACAGCAAAGGGUGGUAACAUUUUGGCACCACAAAUUGGUCAACAAAUAAUUAUCCAGACGAGAGGAAGAGCCCCCAAGUAGUCAACACAAAAUGGCUGACCACACAGAGGUGACCACAACGACAAGGAGGAGGCCAUGGCAAAGUGGACCCAUUCCAGUGCUGCUCCUCCUCCUGAUAUGUGUGAUCCUGCCCCGGGAAUCCUCCGCCUUCUGCCCCUCUAAGUGCCAGUGUUUGGGUGGCGAGGCCAAUAGUAGAGCCCUAUGCGUGGAUGCCGCUUUGGAGGAUGUGCCCAUCCAACUAAAUCCCGAAACUAAAUACAUAAACCUAACAGUGAAUCGGAUACGGAACCUGGAGUUCUCCCUGCCCUUCUACAUGAAGCUGGAGAUCCUGGAUCUCUCACAGAACAUCAUCGAAACGCUGGGCUCGAAGAACUUCGAGUACCAGUCGGAGCUGAGAACCCUGAAUCUCAGCAGGAAUUUGGUCAGCUCCCUGCACAAACAUGCCUUCAAGGGUCUGACCAAUCUGCUGCUGCUCGAUCUCAGCUUCAAUCGCAUCGAGACAGUGCAUCCCACCGCCCUCAGCGAUCUGGCCUCGCUGGUGGAACUGGAUCUCACGAACAACAACAUCGUCAGCCUGGAGGACAACUCCUUCAAGGGCAUGAACACCCUGGAGGUUCUCGUCUUCCGGAACAAUCGAUUGCUCGACGUUCCGGCCAGCAACCUGUGGCACCUGCAUGCCCUCAAGAGUCUCGAUAUGUCGCUGAAUCUGGUCGAGUUUGUGCGGAACGACAGCUUCGAGGGCCUGAAGGAGCUUCUGGCCCUCAGCCUGCAGGGCAAUGUGAUGAGCGAACUGGAUUUGAGUGCCUUCGAGGGACUCAUCUCCUUAAAGCAUCUGGAUCUGUCCGAUAAUAAUCUAACGAUGGUGCCCACACAACAGCUCUCGAAACUUUCGAACCUCACCUAUUUGAACCUGGGCGGCAAUCGGUUUUCCCAGCUGCCCGCCGUCGCCUUCCUCAACCUGUUUCAUUUACGCGAAUUGCAUUUGAGCCGACUGGACUAUUUGCAGCACAUCGAUUCGAGAGCCUUUGUGGACAAUACGCACCUGCAGACGCUGCACCUGAACAACAAUCCCCAGCUGAGCGACAUCCCAAUGCGCCUGUUCCAGGGCAACCCCAACAUCCUGGAGGUCUACAUGCAGAGCAACAGCCUGCAGACCCUGUACUCAGCCCAGUUCCCGGUGGAUCAGCUGCAGAAGCUCUAUUUGGGCGACAAUCCGCUGCAGUGCAACUGCUCGCUGCUGUGGCUCUGGCGACUGGUCACGGGGAACUUCGAGGGAGUGGAUCCGGCAAUGGAACCCUCAGCCGGCGGAGCAGUGGCUGCUCUGGCCAAGGAAGCCGACGACGAGGAGCAGGCGGAUGAGGCAUCCUCCACGGACGAUGGUGUCUCCGCCUUGGCUGCCUACAUAGCCGAGCAGCAUAUAGUGAAUGCCCUGCAUACCACCGAACCCAGUGCCUACGAACUGGCCACCUCGUCCUCGAACAGGAACUCGGGCAUCCUGCGGAUGGAUCGCCAGCAGAUUGGCUGCGAUAUUUGGCGGGACAAAGUGCGAACCAGGAGGCAACUGCUCUCGAUGAGCGAGGGCGAGAUCACCUGCCCCGCCCACAUUGUGACCGUGGUGUGUGCGGUGAUCACCUGCCUCCUGGUGGCCAUGAUUGGAGUGAGUGUGCUGUACUACCUCCGGUUUGUAAAGCGCCGCAGGAAGUUGCUCCACGAACGGGGUCCCCUGAGGACCAGCAAGAGCAUCAUCAACGUCCACGAUCGCAUCCUCCAGGGUCACAAUGCUGGGCUGGGCAUGGGCAUGAGCAUGACCCUGGGCGGUGGUAACCAUGUGAAUGGCCUGGGCAUGACCUUGAACUAUCCCCAUCAUGCCCAGACCCUGCAGGCCCACCAUCACUACCAUCAGGCCAUGCCACUGCAAUCGAAUCAUGGCAAUAAUCAUGACUACCAGCAGACGACGCUGCCGCAGCUGGAUAAACUGGAACUGGAGCGCUACUUGGCUGCCCAGACCAUUGCCAAUGAGUACAGGGCUUUGGAGCCCUGGGAACUGCCUGUGAAGGAGGCGGACGAUGAGCCGGAGCAUCUUUACGAGCGGUUCGAUCACUACGAAUAUCCUGAUACCCACACCAUGAGCAAGCUGAAACAGGCGGCGGCCUUGAACCACUCCACCACCAACACCAACUCCUCCUCGGCCGGAGCCUCGCCCAUCCCGCCCUCCUCGGCCAAGCCGCAUGUGGUCUACGUAUGACGUGGGCGUGGCAAGGGCGAAAGGGUAUCCCAGUUAAACACGGAUAUCGAGAUGGUCGGACUGAACCACUACCAGGGCUACCCCAAUCACAAUAACAACAACAACUAUAGGGGCUGUGUACAGAGCACCAAGGGUCAGCGGUCAGUUCUGAGUGGGCCAAAUCAAAGGGGGUUUGGUCGAGCGAAAAACAGGGAAAGUGAGAGGUUAGGCUAAGAAGAGAUUAGGAUGGUUUUUGGGGGACAUAUCGAUGAGUUCUGGGAUUUCAGCUGAAAAAAAACAAAAACGUAUUACUAACAUUUAAUUCUAACCUUCUGAAAUCCCGUAAAUCAUCGAAACUAUCUCCUAAAAUCAACCAUCAUAGUGCUUUAGGUUGGAUUACAUUUUUUCGAAUUAAAAACAAACAACAAAGUUUAACAAGCGUCAAAUGAAACAAGGGAUAUGUCUACGUGUAUAGCAAGCAUACAAAUACUCUUAAAGACCUAUGGAUAGAACAUUACAGAUACCAGAUAUAUUAGAUAUGUAUACUAACCGCUAGCACUAAGAGAAGAAUACGAUUUCAAAGAAACCUUUUUGCUGGCCCCAAAACUAAGCUAAGCUGCAUUCGAAAAAUCUCUCACUCAGAUCACUCACUCUUUCUCUCCCACUCAUAGUUAAAAUGGCAUUUAGCAUUCGAAUUCGAAUAGAUAGCAUCUAGUGGUUAAGCAACUUACAAGUGAAUUUAAAUAUAUAUAUUAUAUGAAAUAUAUAUUAGCAGUAAGUGUGUGCAGGCUAAAGGAGUUUAUUGGAUUUUCCUGAUUUGAUUCACGAAAUUACCGAAUAUGUCUUCAGCACUCGGGCUAUUUUCGGGAAAAGACACAGACUUUGGCAGGCAAAAUAACCUAAUGGGGACCAAAUAGUCCAGUCCAGUCCAGCCUAGAACUAACUGAAUGAAUCCAGCUGCCAAAGAGGUCCUUUUCACUGGCCCGCUGAACCGUAUUCCCAACUUUCCUAACUUUAGCAAACAUCUCGAAUGACAAUAUACGAAAAAAUGAAGAAGAACAUUAAGCGGAAAACUAAAAAAUUAAAUUAUAUGUAACGCCUAUAUUAACGUAUGUAUAUCUUAGUGAGCCAGAACUCAAAGUUGACGAAAUGAUAAAUAUAAUUUGUAAAUAUAUAUCCCUCAGUGGUGGGGCACUUUGCAAAUGUGCUCUCUCGUUUAUGUGUAAAUAAUUUAUGGAAAUGCAUUUAAAAACAUUAGUCAAGUGCAUAGAUUAUUGAUUUAAGAAUAAAUGAUUUCCAAAAAGCAAUAACUCAGAAUCAAAGCUCGUUUGUUGUUAUUUUUCGGUUGAGUUUGAUUUGCGAAUAAUAAUUUAAUUAAAUGCGACAACAGCAAGGCAAAUAGCAAAUGGCGAAUAGCUAAAGCAAAACUAACCGGUAUUUGCAUAAAAUAGCCACACAGAGCACACAAAAAGCCAGUGUAAAAAUAUUUCGAAAAUAAAAAGUAAAGAAUAAAUAAGCAGAAUCAAAAGGCAAUGCAAUGCACACGAAAUGCAUUUAGAAAAACAGACAGAAAACGAAACUAAAUUCGGAAUAUAAAUAAAAACCAGUUUGUGUAUAAAAGGAGCAAAACGAGAGCAAGGGAAAAGGCAAAUAGAAGCCACACAACCGUAAGUUUAAAUCUAAUAAUAUGAUAUACGCAAAAAUAUUUAAUUAAAUGAUAGACACACCCACAGCAACAACAACAACAAAAAUGUUAUUUCUUAUACGAAGACUGAAGAGAAUGAUGAUGGAAAAUAAAAUGAAACAUGAAAUUAAAAA